AGAGGGAGAGGGAGAGGGAGAGAGAGAGAGAGAGAAUGGCUGGUUUGCAAAGAUCUUCGGUUUCAUUCAGGAGGCAAGGCUCAUCUGGGCUUAUAUGGGAAGAUAGGCUCCUUUCAGGAGAUUUGAAUCAGAUGAAGAAGAGACAAGAAGAAGCUGAAGGCGGUGUGGAAUAUAGAGAGCUGAGGACUUCUCAGAGCGUCGGAUCGAUUGGGCUGACGGGACGUAGUAGGUCGGGGGGAGGGCGUGCUUGGGGAGCUGCUAAGGUCUCCCCAGCCAUCGAACCACCUUCACCUAAGGUGUCUGGGUGCGGGUUUUGCGGCAUGCUAGGGAGAUCGGCAAGCACUAAACAGCCCAAAUCACGAAAGCACUAGGCCUGCUGCAUGUACACGUUUUUUUUUUUUUUUUUUUUUUGAGCUUGAUUUUCUAGCCGUCGAUAUUGAAUAGAUUGAACUAUUUUUUAUAUUUUUAUUUUUUCUCAAUACUUUAAAUAUAUUGUUUGGUGUUUUGGUUGGUAAAUUUAGAAGGAAAUCAUUGAAUUGCUGCUGUA